AGGGAAGGAGUAAAUUUCAGGAAUUCGAGAUAAACGACUAAGUAAAAGGUAAGCAAUGACGGGAAACAAGAGAAAUUAAAAGAGGACAAAGAGAAGAAAACCACUGAAAAGGAUCCGACUUCAAACUCCAGAGCAUCAUUUGGACCCUUUGAGAGCAUCCAAAGCAACAAUGGCAUGCCAAGCCUUCAGCACUGACUCUUUCAGCCCACUAGCAGGAGAUUCACCCCUGCCCAUCCUCAUGCAUCAUUCAUCAACCAGUGACUGCCUUCCAGCCACCUCGCAUGCUCACAGCAUGGUUUCUGCAGUAUCCUCCGGGCUGUCCCUGGGUCAGGCAUCCAAGCGCUCCCACAUGCACCUGUCCACUUCCUCCCUCAGCAACGCUCUUGGAAACGGCCCACCGAGCCUACAUUACCCAGUCACCCCCUGUCACUACAGCAACCAGCAGGCCACCUAUGGCAUGAUGGCAGCUCAAGAGAUGCUCUCUGCCAGUAUUUCUCAGACUCGUAUCCUGCAGACAUGUGGCGUCCCUCACCCUAACAUGGUGAGCGCUACAAACCCAUUGCAAGGGUCUCUUACCCCUUGCUUGUACAAGUUUCCAGAUCAUGGUCUAGGUAGCGGUUCUUGUGCAUUAAGCCAUGGUUUCUCCUCACUGCCCUCGGCCUUCCUGUCGACUGAUGAGGCCCCUGGGGGCCCCGUCGUUGUGGAGAUGAAAACUGACGCCCAAAGGAAAAGCGUGCGGGAGACAGAAGAUGCCCCGGCUAUGGACUCCCCACAGAUCCGAGAGCUGGAGAUGUUUGCCAAUGACUUCAAAAUUCGAAGGAUCAAACUUGGCUACACACAAACUAAUGUGGGUGAAGCACUAGCAGCAGUUCACGGGUCAGAGUUCAGCCAGACCACAAUCUGUCGAUUUGAAAACCUGCAGCUGAGCUUUAAGAACGCCUGCAAACUGAAGGCUAUUCUGUCUAAAUGGCUUGAUGAAGCUGAACUGGCUGGAGCCUUGUACAGUGAUAAAAUAGGAAUGAAUGAGCGGAAAAGGAAAAGAAGAACAACAAUCAGCCUUGGAGCUAAGGAGGCUCUGGAGCGCAGCUUUGUGGAAAAAAACAAGCCAUCCUCCCAGGAAAUAGCACGGAUCGCCAAAGGUCUCCAUCUGGAGAAAGAGGUGGUCAGAGUCUGGUUCUGCAACAGACGCCAAAGAGAGAAACGGGUCAAAACUAGCCUCAACCUCAGCUCCUGUUUGAGCAAAAUCAGCCCAAACUGCAUCACACAGAUGAGUAAAACACAAAGAGCAAUGAUGUAAUUUAAAAGGUGAGCUGGAGGGUGUCUGCGCCCGUCUGGUCUGAUGGAGGCACCGUCAUGACCUCAGCCAGCUAAAAUGUUUUUCCUUUAAAUCAAACGUCUGGCAGUAAAACCUGCUCUAACCCUGCAUUGAGAAGCUUUUGAUGCAAUUGCAUACAGUUCAAGUCAUUUAACAUCCAGUUCAUCACUUUGUGGGAAAAACCUGAAAAACUCUGCACCACACAGUUGCUACAAAAAUGAGUCAGUUUGUGUUACACAUCCAAAUAAACAAUGUCUUAUUUAUUUAUUUUGUUUUAUUUGAAUGUAAAGAGGUGUAUUUCUGUACAACAUGUGUACUUGUUUUCUUAAUCUUAGUUACAAUACCACAAAUGUUUCUUUGCAGUAUUUUUUUAUCACUCAAUGUCCCAGAAAUGUUUAAAAGUACAAGUUAGAAAUGCCUAAAAGAGCAACACAGUCUGUAGUUUUUCUCACUUGAAGUUGCAAUGAACGACUAAAGAUGAUUAACCUCAUACUCUGCUGGUUUGAUGCUGCAGUCACAAAACCUGAAAUGCCUUAUAUCCAAGCUGUGCCUUGUUUUCAUGCUAGAUUUUUUUUUAUAGGGAUGGUUCUUUUUUUUUUUUUUUUUUGAAGUUCUUGUCAAUAGUAAGUGUACUGCUGCAGCUCGGUCUCCUUGUCGUGAACCAGGCCGGAUAACCAGUGUGUUUCAUGUUCACGAAUAAUACAAGGAAUGGGCUUCUUCUGGCAAGUAGAGCGCUGACAUUUUUCCAAAUAAAGCAGACGCUUAGAUUGGACUUUGUUUUGGAGUUUUAUUAAAAUUAGUUGAAUGACAUGGUAGAGUUGACCCUGUCUGCAGUGGUUGAAAACGCAGCUUCUAUUCCUGUUCUCUGGCUGGUUUCUGUGAAAAAACAGGCUGAGCUGACAGGGGUCCCCUGUGGGUAGUAGACUUGUUACUGACAAGUACCUGAUACAGCCCCACUUCAGAAGAACUUAACGAACCCUUGAAUUAAACCAAAUAGGAAUCAAUCCAUCAGCACAAAGUGAGU